GCCGCCCGGAGCUGAAGGAAGAGCGGCCGAGAAGAGGGUAGGGGAGGCAGUCGGGCUCUCGCCGCGGCUGUCGGUGGCUCGGCGGAGCCCUCCGACUCCAUCCCACUCUGCUUCCAUCCCUUCCCGUUCCAUUCAGUUCCAUUGCCUGCCGGGGGCCAUGUCGCUGUUCCAGUCCGCCCUGGACUUCCUGGCGGGCCCCGGCUCCCUGGGAGCCGCCAGCCGUGACCAGAACGAUUUCGUGGGGCAGACGGUGGAGAUGGGCGACAUGAAGCUGCGCAUCAAGCGGGUCAUCGCCGAGGGGGGUUUUGCUUUUGUCUAUGAAGCUCAAGAUCUUGGAAGUGGCAAAGAUUAUGCUUUGAAGCGAUUGUUAUCUAAUGAAGAGGAAAAGAACAAAGCCAUCAUUCAGGAAGUUUGUUUUAUGAAAAAACUUUCAGGUCAUCCCAACAUUGUCCAGUUUUGCUCUGCAGCAUCUAUAGGAAAAGAAGAAUCAGACACGGGGCAGGGAGAGUUUCUUCUGCUUACAGAGCUGUGUAAAGGACAGCUGGUGGAAUUCUUAAAGAAAGUAGAAUCCAAAGGACCUAUCUCUUGUGACACAGUUUUGAAGAUCUUUUAUCAGACCUGCAGAGCAGUGCAGCAUAUGCAUAAGCAGAAGCCUCCUAUUAUUCAUAGAGACUUAAAGGUGGAAAAUUUGCUUAUUAGUAACCAGGGGACAAUUAAACUUUGUGACUUCGGUAGUGCUACAACUAUAGCUUACUAUCCUGACUACAACUGGUCUGCACAGAAGAGAGCAGUGGUUGAAGAAGAGAUCACAAGGAAUACAACACCAAUGUACAGGACACCAGAAAUGAUAGACUUGUAUUCAAACUUCCCAAUUGGUGAAAAGCAGGACAUUUGGGCUCUGGGCUGUAUCCUGUACUUGCUGUGCUUUAGGCAGCACCCGUUUGAAGACGGAGCUAAACUUCGCAUAGUCAAUGGGAAAUAUGUCAUCCCACAAAAUGACACCCGCUACUCUGUCUUUCAUGAUCUCAUUCGCUCCACUUUGAAAGUGAACCCAGAGGAGAGAUUGUCAAUCACUGAACUUGUGAACCAACUGCAGGAGAUUGCAGCAGCUAGGAAUGUCAAUCCUAAAUCCCCCAUCACAGAGCUUCUGGAGCAAAAUGGAGGCUAUGGAAACAAUGCUCAGCCUCGGACAUCUGUGACAUCUGUUUCACAGAGCUCCAAGCCUGCAGGGCAGCUCAACAAUUUGUACAAUGCAGGCCUGACCGUUGCGGAAUGUGACCAGACUUAUGGAGGGUUCUUUGAUAUUCUGAGGGGUGGAACAGAGCGAUUUUUCACUAAUAUUAAGGAUACCUCUUCUAAAGUUAUCCAGUCUGUGGCCAAUUAUGCAAAAGGAGACUUGGAUAUAUCAUACAUCACUUCCAGGAUUGCUGUGAUGUCCUUUCCAGCUGAAGGUGUAGAAUCUGCCAUCAAAAAUAACAUAGAAGAUGUGCGGUUGUGUCUGGACUCUAAACAUCCUGGCCAUUAUGCUGUGUACAAUCUCUCUCCAAGAACAUACAGGCCUUCAAGAUUCCAUAACAGGGUUUCUGAAUGUGGCUGGCCAGCAAGACGAGCACCAAAUCUUCAGAAUCUCUAUAGCAUAUGCAAGAAUAUGCAUUUAUGGCUGAAACAAGACCAGAAAAAUGUUUGCAUUGUGCAUUGCCUUGUUGGAAGAGCAGCAUCUGCUGUUGUAGUUUGUUCCUUUCUGUGUUUUUGUCGUCUCUUCACUACUGCUGAAGCUGCUGUUUAUAUGUUCAGUAUGAAACGCUGUCCACCUGGCAUUUGGCCUUCUCAUAAAAGAUACAUUGAGUACAUGUGUGACAUGAUGGCUGAAGAACCCAUUAUUCCUCACAGCAAGCCCAUCCUGGUCAGAUCAAUUGUCAUGACUCCUGUUCCGCUUUUCAGUAAGCAGCGUAAUGGCUGCAGGCCUUUUUGUGAGGUUUAUGUGGGAGAUGAGAGAGUAACCACUACCUCCCAGGAAUAUGACAAAAUGAAGGAGUUUAAAAUUGAAGAUGGGAAGGCAGUAAUCCCACUGGGUAUAACAGUCCAAGGAGAUGUUCUCAUUGUGAUCUAUCAUGCCAGGUCAACUCUAGGAGGACGACUACAAGCCAAGAGAAAUGUUUGUGGUUUUCAUUCACUUGUGAAUUCAACCUUUUCAAGCCUUCUGAGUAUGUCCACUCCUAAUGCUGUACAUGUUGAUGCUUUUAUGGCUUCAAUGAAGAUGUUUCAGAUUCAGUUCCAUACAGGCUUUGUGCCCCGAAAUGCCACUACAGUGAAAUUUGCCAAAUACGAUCUGGAUGCCUGUGACAUACAAGAGAAAUACCCUGAUUUAUUUCAAGUCAAUCUGGAAGUAGAGGUGGAGCCCAGAGAUAGGCCCAGCUGUGAACAGCCACCUUGGGAUAACAUGAAUAUAAAGGGACUGAAUCCCAAGAUACUCUUCUCCACCCGAGAGGAACAGCAAGAGAUUUUAUCAAAAUUUGGGAAACCAGAGUUGCCUAGACAGCCAGGUUCAACUGCACAAUAUGAACCAGAGGCAUCCCAGCUGGAGCAGUCUUCAGAAAGUGCACCUACUGAUACAGAAUCCCCGCACAGUGGUAGUACUGAUGCAAACAACUUCUUUCACUCUCUGGACUGGAAAGAAGGUAAAACUCCAGAAAGUGGAAUAGAGGACAGUUCAUCUAAAAAUGAUUGUGUUCAGCUGUCUGAUGACAGGGAAGAGAGUGAUCCUUCAGAUGAAGAGUUCCCCACAUUUCCAGAUGAAGGAAGUGCAGUAAUUGUUGAUGAGAAAGACUCUACUCCAGAGGGAGAGUUGCUUUUUGAAGCCAGUUUUGAAACUCCAUCUGCGCCAUUACAAAAAUCUCUCCCUGAAGAGAAUGUAGACUUGCUGGGACUAGACUCUGAUAUUUCAGCAGAACAGAAACAACCUAUCUCAGAAAUAAACUCUUCAUCAAGUAAUGCUGACUUGUUGAACAAUCUGUUUGUGAGCAGUGUGUCACAGGUUUCAAAUGAGCCCACUGGAGAUCUUCUUGGACAAGGAGCAGAUUUCUUUUUCAGCAGUCAGCGUCCAGCUGCUACUCAGGGUUCAUCUUCAGCAGCAGCUGUGUCUUCAGCCGAUCCAUUUGACCCGUUCACAAUGUCAUCAAGCUCAGAGAAUCAAGCCCUCUCUGGUCCAGACCUCUUUGGGGACUUCCUUAAUCCAACCUCAACAUCUACAGCUAAUACAGUUCCUUCCACACAAAGUUCACUUCCACCUUCUUCCAGCUCGGAUUUCUUAAAUUUAGGCAAUUUGACACCAGAGCCACCUAAAAUAUCAUCAUCUACAAGCCACCCAGAUCUCUUAAGUGGAUGGGAUUCUUGGGCAGAUUCCUCAACAACCAGCAAUGUAGCAUCACCACAGCUGAAGCCUGUUUGUGAAGGCCAAGCUUUUACCACCGGAAGCCAGUCCAGUGUGUCUUCAGGUUUGUCUUUUAGCCAGGCGAAAGCUCAGAACUUUGAUCCUUUUGCUGAUCUUGCCAAUCUGGGAUCUGGUCUUCCAGGUUCAUCCACUGGUGGACUCUUGGGUAGUGGAUUUAGUCAGAAGACUGCUCCAUCUCAGAAGCUAGGAAAUCAGUGGCAGAAAUCCUCCAAACCACCAAGUACUUCAUGGCAGUCCCAAACUAAGUCCAGCACAGCAGCUAAGCCCAACUACACAGUAAACUUCAGUGUUAUUGGGGGACGAGAAGAAAGAGGAGUCAGAGCCCCAAGCUUUGGUCAAAAACCAAAAGUUUCAGAAAAUGACUUUGAGGAUCUCUUAUCUAAUCAAGGAUUUUCAGCGAAAUCUGAUAAAAAGGGACCAAAGACAAUUGCUGAGAUGAGAAAACAAGAGAUGUCUAAAGAUAUGGACCCCUUGAAACUCAAGAUUCUUGAAUGGAUUGAAGGAAAGGAGAGAAAUAUCAGAGCAUUAAUAUCCACUCUACAUACAGUGCUUUGGGAAGGGGAAAAUAAGUGGAAACCAGUCAGCAUGGCAGAUCUAGUAACUCCUGAACAAGUAAAGAAGUACUACAGGAAAGCAGUGCUUGUGGUUCAUCCUGAUAAGGCCACAGGACAACCCUACGAGCAAUAUGCCAAAAUGAUCUUCAUGGAAUUGAAUGAUGCGUGGUCAGAGUUUGAAAACCAGGGAUCAAAGUCCCUUUUCUGAAACUUCAACUUUCACAGAACUGCUUCCAGAAACUGGAGCUGAUCAUUGUUAUGACUUUAUUGCGCCUGAGAUUUAUGAAGCGCUUUUCCACGAUUUCAGCACAGUUUCUAGUUAUGCACUUAAAUGUGGGGAUGUAUUUUGUAAGAUGUAGAGUACAAAGCAUUACAUAGAUGCAUUAAGAAAAAAUGCUGCUGAAGAAAUCAGUCUGGGAGUAAGGGUUUCUCUUCAGUUUUGUAUAAGAAAAAUAGAAUUUGAAUGAAGCUAAGUAAUAAGUGAUAGGCUAGUAUUAGUUAUAAAUCAUUCCAACUUAAUUGAUCUUUGCUGUACCUCUACCGUCCCAAAUUUGUCUGUUACUUCGAGUAGUUUUGUGAUUAAGUUUUGAUAUUUGGUGCCUGUUGCCUUCUUCCAAGUGCUUUAGUUAGCAGCAGUGAAUUUGCUUGGCUUAUCUCAAACCUAAGGGUGUAUAUUUUCAUCUGUAUUUUAUAUAAUCAAUCUGAUAAUCAUUCUGUAAAUAAUGUUUUCUGGUAAUAUCUGUGUUCUUUACAGUAGAAUAGCAGUUGUUUAGCCAAAAAGACAGCAUAUGUGGGAAAGUCAGACAGGGUUGUUCUUGAUUUUUUUUUUUUUUUUUUUUUUAAACAUAUCAUGAAUCUAAAAAGAAAUUUUGACUCUGAGGUCUGCAUGUUCCUGCUGUUUUGUUUAUUUAUUGCAGUAGUCUGACCUGUGCUUAUUUUCCUAGUUCUUUAAAUGGUGUCUUUUGCUUCUAAAUUCAGUGGAACGUUCCUCUUAUUGAACUUCAAAUACUCUGAUAGAAACAAUUUUACUCUGAAACUUGAAGUGCAAGCACAAACCUUUUACUGUGCUUUGAUUUGUCUGAGUAUUAUUAAAUCACUCAUUGUCGUCUGGUGAGCAUUUAAAGUGCUUUAACAAACAUUUUGCUGCAUGUUUGCACUUGUGUAUUUUUGAGAUACUCAUGGCAUCAGUGCAUGUGAAAACAUGGUGUGUCUUGGUAUACUGUUGAAUUUCUGCUCACCUAUUUCCAUGCACUGCUUAGUGCAAGAUGAGUAGAGACACAGCUUGGUAACAAAACUUGCCAUGUUUUCUCAUCCCUGUUCAGAAGGCACUUUUUCACUAGUGCUAGGGUGGAUGAUGCAAACAACCAAUGACUGUUAUACUCUGUGUAAUAACAAAAUGCAAUUUUCAUAUCAAGUUUGAAAAUGUUGAAAAUUAGUGCUGAGCUAUUAAAUCUUCAGCAACAGUCUCCUGAAACCAGACAGUUGGGCAUUCAAGGGGAUAUUUUGAUCAUUUGCCUUUUUUAUACAUUCUGCAUGCUUAACUGAGAGGGAAGCUGUAUUGUUAGCAGAGGUAACUGUUCACUGAGCAACAUCUGAACAGGAAACAUGAGAUUCUAAUGCCACCUGAAAGGUACCUAGGAUGAGAUUUUCCACUGCUGCACCAGCCCGAGGGCUGGUGGGUUAGAGACUGCUGAACACUUGCUAUGCCUAAUCUCUAGCUCUGAUAUAACACAGUUACUUAUUAACCUCUGAUCAAAAGUUUUGUUUGUGUAUAUUUGCAUAUAUAUUUAGCUGCUGUGAUUUUUCUUUUUUUUUAAGGUGAAGCUAGGAUCAGUUAUGAAUCAGGAAGGUUAUAUAUUAUUCAUAGCUGCUGUUGUACGUCAGUUACUGCUUUGAAGCAGUCUUAAAGCUCAGUAGAUUUCUUUACAAAUGUAUGUAACUUGCUGUCUGAUUUAAAGUAAGAGUUAAUCUUUUUUCCUUUGGAUACUUCAUUAAUUCUUUGUGUAUGUGUUCUGCAACCAUGGAAAUUGAAGGCUUCUGCUGGUAGGAUAGAUUUGUGGGAGAGCUUUUUACAAUUCUAGGGCAAAUGCUAUGUAGGAAUAGGUUUAAAAAGACAAACACAGAUAUAUAAUGACUUUGACGGUAGUGCUAUAUACAACUGAGAGAUAAAGCAUUUAUAAGGGGGCUGCUUAGAAUAAGGAAGGACUGCUUUAAAAACCCAUGUUCAUUCAGCACGUAUAGGCAACUUCAUUUUAAGGCAUACAUUUUUAAUUGCUAUUUUCUUGAAAUAUGUGUAUAAAAAUUUAAAACCUGAAAUUUGGGAGGCAAAUAUCUUCCUCUGCUUUGUAUAUUUGGUAGCGUUUUCUGGAUGAUGUCUACAUUAAGCUUUUUUAAAUUUCUCUACUCUUGCUUGCAAAAUUUUCUUGAAACAUCAGAGAAGAACCUUUAGAUGUGAUUUUAAGUUAGCAGGGAAAACAUGAGUGCAAGUAUUUUACCUGGAACUGAAGAUCUCUUGAAAUUAGCUCUCUCUUUUAAAAAUUAUGGCAAUUCAAGAAAUUUGGCUAUGGAUUCUUCCAAGAGCCAUUACAUAAUUACUGAAACUUCAGCUGGGUUGACAGAGCUGCUUAGCUUAUUUUAUGGCUUAGUCAGCUCUGGUUCUGUGGGGGAACUGGCUCAUUUCUCUGUCCUGCUCCUUUCUACAUAAUUGAAUUUUGCUGCUAAGAAUCUGGGACAAGCUUGGCUUGGUAAACUGAUAAAUCUUGACAAUGAAACUAUUUUGGGUAGCGUGUUUUGAUUUUGGUUUGAUUUUUUUAACUGUGCCAUUUUUCUGUGUUACAUACAAGAAUGUGCAAACAAUGGGGAUUUCAUUAAGAUUCUGUAAGCAAAUUGGAAUCUGGAAAUUAAAAAAAGUUCAAGUGGUGAAUAUAAACAUAAUAAAUGGAAGUUUUGUUUUCUGUGCAACACAAAGCAGCAUGAGGACCACCAAAGAUGUUUCUUAGUGUAAGGCUUAUAUAUUAAGUACAAGAAGCUGGGAAGAGGGAAGUUAAAGUAUAUUUCAUAUAAAUGUGUGUUGAGUCUUACUGUUGCUUUUAUAGGAGAUGGUAAUUUGGAAGAAAAAAGUCCAGCAGUUUUAUGAAUUCAUCUUAAAACAGUAAUAAAAAAUGGUAGACAAUCUGGGAAUGAGGGCUUUUCAACCUGUUGAUUUGUACUUGGUCGUUAAUUGUCUGUCUGCUGUAUGAACUAGGAGUUCUCAAAUGGUAACACACAUUUUUCACUGUAGUUCUAUUCUUAGUGUCCACAAACUGAAAAGCUUUUAGAGCAGGCCUCAGAAAAAAAAUGAUUAAUCAGAGACUUGGCUGGAUUCUGUCUUUUCUUAAAAUGUUUAUUUUCCAUUCAUGUUAGUUGUUCAUUGCACAGUUAAGUUUUGAAGUGUUGAAAGCUGAACUUUAGAUCUGCUUCUGCUGUCUGUGAAGCUUGAAGGUGACAUCACUGGGUGUUGCCUGCAGGUUGAUACUCUGCAUGCAUGCGUGUGCUCCAAGGAUUUGCACUUGAGGUUCUCUUAUGAAGCACCUCCUUGACUCCUGCAGCGACUCAUGGUGCCUGCUGGCCCAUGUUGGUUCUUCCUCUGUCUGGUAACAACACCUGACUAAUGUCAUAUAUUUUUUGCAGACUACCAGGGCUCACUUCACAAAAGUAAGUAGGCUGAGAUGGUUAGUGCAAGAUAAAAGGAAAACAGCACAAGAUAGGUUAAAGGAAGAGUAGAGAAAAACACCAGGGCUCUAAAGUACAUCUAAAAUACUGUUUUCUAAUUCUCUCUUCGCUGACCUAUUGCUGCCUACCUCUGCUAAAAACAGGUGUAGACUAGUAGAGAGAACCUGGUUUGCAGCCUGCUUUUCAUUCCUUUUAGAACACUGCUGACUGACUGUAACAAGUUGGAGUACCAAGUCCUUAGCUUGCCCCCACCAAAAUUUAUAUAAAACAGGUUUAAAAAAUGUAUGGGCAGGUUUCCACUAGUUUUUUGUUUUUUUUUUUUUUUUUUUAAUUACAGAUUACUUGUGUUACAUUGCUGUUAGAUCUGGAGAGUCCAGCAAAACAACUUUUAAAAACAGAGAUCUGUGAAGAAGAAUUGGUGUUAAGAGAGUGUGUGGCUGGAGUCUGCCUAAUAGAAACAAGUGAGGUAUUUUAACCAGAGGAAAUCAGUUGGUGUCUUCAACCACAGGCAUGCCUUUGGUGUUUCCUAGUGCUGUCAGAGUUCCUUAGGAGCAGCAAAGAGUGUUCGUGGUUAGUUAGACAUAAAGUCUGGAAGGAAGAGGUCCUCAGCAUUGUUAGUUGGGUCAAGUUCAGCUAUUUUGCUAAUCAGUGGUAGCUUCUUCAGCAAGUACAGAACAGAAAACCUCCAAAAGUACUGAUGAACAUUUCCUUGGAACAGUGGCAGAGUCCUUGGUGUUGUACUUGUGAGGGUAACUAGUGCUCAUGAAAAAUGCCUUGUUUACCUCCAUGUUCUUGGUAAUUCUGAACAAUUCCUCCCAUUUUGUCUUGCCAAGCACAGAGCAACAGUUAGUUUGUGAAAGCUAAAUGCACAAGGUCAAUUUUUUGCACAAACCAAAGCGGAGUUUCAGCGUAACAGAAAUCUCAUCAGGCCUUGGGGCUGAUGGGUUCUCUGCACCAUUCCACUUCCCGAGGCCAGACUGCAGUUUUCCCAGCAGUGGCAGUGUGUUUGCAUACUUGCUGGCCACUGCACUCACUGCUGUUUUCAGGAGUAGCAUAAAUGUGGAAACCUUGUUGCUCAUCUGUGUCCUUAAUUGUCUAACAAUUGCAAUGUAAUGGCUGCUUUGUAAAUAAGUUCAAAUUAAUCUUGUAUGACUCAGUUGACAUUUUCUGUCAAGAACUUGCAGGUGAUUGACCUGUGAAAGCUGUAAAAGGAAUGUAUAAUUUCCCACCCUUUGAGCCUGUCCCUGGUGCAGAGCAGCUCUUGCACCCAGAAGCUCAAUGAUGAGGAGCUGAGCUCUGGUUCUGAACUUGAUGAAUCUUGCAAUGCUUGCUUACUCUCUCUUUGGGUGAGCUUAUUGUGGACUGCAGCUUAGACUGCAUUAAACUUCCAACAUAUGCUCCAAAAAUACAAAUUCAGUACUUUUUAUGAAGGAUACAUGUUGUCAUAGAAGCUUUUAUUACCAAAAGGGGAUUAAGAGGCAUUGUGGGAAUUCCCAAAACUCUAGUGGAAUGUACUGUAUAUUUGAUGUAGAUUUCUAGAAGUGAUUGUCAUCUCUCAUAAGGUCUUGGCUUGCUCUGAGAUCCUUAUUGUAUUUACCUGUAGUUGUGAUUGUACUUUCAAUACCUGUGUUUUUUUCCGAUUUGGAGUGUGUGGAAGGACAGAACAGACAUUCAGUUCCUGGUUUUGCCAUCUUUCAGGAAAUGCAAUGUACUGUGUAAUUUUGCUACUAGUGAAAUGAAACUUAUACCUAUAUGUAUAUAAGGUAAAAUGGUCAAAUUAAGCCUUGUUUAAAAGUAGAUUUAAUGUUUGGUACAAUGUCCUUGAACAGAAUAUUUUGCUUUGGAAUGUAUUACAAUUUAACCAGUGAUCAAUUAAAACAAACA